AUGGACCUUGGUGAAAACUGGAAGCUGGAUGAAACCAACUGGUUGUCUCAUGGUGGGAUCCAUCCUUUUGCCAAUGUGAAAGGAGAGAAUGAGCUUUCCGAAGGUGCGCCAGCCCUGUUUGCUCUGGAUCAGCUGGGCUCCCCAUCUGUCUGUUACAAGCCUACCAGCCCAGCCCAGAUCCUGGAAGACACUGGCUUUCUUUACCCAGACCACCAGUUAUUUGCUGGCAGGCAUGAAGUUCCUCCGUUAACAGCUGAAGUGAUCAGUGGUGCUAAAGAGAAAGCUGCUGAGGAGCCGCUCUGCACCCUGCACCCUCCCGGCUUCCUCCGGCUCCCAGAGGUGGAGAUGCGAGGCUCGGAGGAGGCGGCCGCGGGCACCGUACUGCAGCGCCUCAUCCAGGAGCAGCUGAGGUAUGGCAACCCCAACGAGAACAUGAACCUGCUGGCAAUUCAGCACCAGGCCACGGGGAGUGCAGGGCCCUCCAACAGCACUGCCAGCACUCUCUCUUCCACAGAAAACCUCGCUCAAGAAGAGCCACAAAUGCUCCAGCAGUCRGCCCGCCAGGAACCUCAGGGGCAGGAGCACCAGGGGGACAAUACAGUGAUGGAGAAGCAGGCGCGGGCUGUGCAGCCCCAGCAGAACAACGAAGAGCUGCCCACCUACGAGGAGGCCAAGGCCCAGUCCCAGUUUUUCCGAGGCCAGCAGGCGGGAGCGGUCGGCCCGGGCUUUUACGUGGCCGGCGCCUCCACGCAGAAGUCGAGGACUGAAGGGCGGGCGACGGUGACGCGGGCGCAGAGCGGGCAGGCGCACAAGGACGAGGCGCUCAAGGAGCUCAAGCAGGGCCACGUCCGCUCGCUCAGCGAGAGGAUCAUGCAGCUCUCGCUGGAGAGAAAUGGUGCUAAGCAACACGCGCCCACCUCAGGGAGCAGCAAGGGGCCCAAAGCGGCGGCGCCGGGCGCGCCGCCCGCCAAGGCCGCCGACCCGCGGGGCCCGCCGCCCGAGUACCCCUACAAGGCCAAGCAGGCCGUGGCGCCCGUGAGCAAGGCGCCCGAGCACGGGCUCUUCUUCGGCGAGCAGCACGCGCCCAUGGGGCAGGAUGGCCUCAAAGCCGCCUACCCAGCUGCCCAACCCGCCCGGACCGAAGUGGCCAUCGUUCGGUACCAGCCGCCUCCCGAGUACGGGGUCACCAGCCGGCCAUGCCCAGCGCCCUUCGCAGCCGCGCCGGCGCAGCAGCACAGCCCCAUGGCCUCGCAGGCCUCCUCGGCGAGCGGCCCGCCGCUCUGCGCCGCGGGGCCGCCGCUGCCCGCGCCCGCCAUGGGGCAGCCCCCCGCGCCCGCCACGCCGCCGGGCGCCCCGCUCACGCCGGACGCCUUCGCCAUCGUGGAGCGAGCCCAGCAGAUGGUGGAGAUGCUCUCCGAGGAGAACCACGUGCUGCGGCAGGAGCUGGAGGGCUACUACGAGAAGGCGGAUAAGCUGCAGAAGUUUGAAAUAGAGAUUCAGAAGAUUUCGGAAGCUUACGAGGGCCUGGUGAAGACCACCACUAAGAGGGAGUCUUUGGACAAAGCCAUGAGAAACAAACUCGAAGGAGAAAUUCGGAGGCUCCACGAUUUCAACAGGGAUCUCCGUGAGCGACUGGAGACUGCCAAUAGGCAGCUAGCCAGCAGGGAGUUUGAUGGGCAUGAAGAUAAGUCAACAGAGGGCCUUUAUGUCACUCAGAACAAAGAGCAMUUGAAGGAAAAGGAGAAGCUGGAGAUGGAGUUGGCAGCCAUGCGCUCUGCCAAUGAGGACCAGCGGAGACACAUUGAAAUCCUGGACCAGGCUCUAAGCAACGCCCAAGCCAAGGUCAUCAAGCUGGAAGAGGAGCUGCGCAGGAAGCAGGCCUACGUGGAGAAGGUGGAGAAGCUGCAGCAGGCGCUGACGCAGCUGCAGGCGGCGUGCGAGAAGCGGGAGCAGAUGGAGCGGCGGCUGCGCACGCGGCUCGAGCGGGAGCUGGACGCGCUGAGGAUGCAGCAGAGGCAGGGCAGCUACCAGGCGGCCAGCAUCCCCGAGCACAACGCGCCGGCCCUCAUGGAGCUGGUGCGGGAGAAGGAGGAGAGGAUUCUGGCGCUGGAAGCAGACAUGACCAAGUGGGAGCAGAAGUACCUGGAGGAGAGCACGAUCCGGCACUUUGCCAUGAACGCUGCAGCCACCGAGAGGGACGCGGCGGCCCCGACGCACUCGCGGAGCGGCAGCUACGGCGACGGCGCCUGGCAGGAGGAGGAGGAGGUCGCACAGGCUCAGCGCCGCUGCCAGGACAUGGAGCACACAAUAAAGAAUCUCCACGCAAAGAUAAUUGAGAAGGAUGCCAUGAUCAAGGUCCUGCAGCAGCGGUCGCGGAAGGACGCUGGGAAAAGCGACAGCUCCAGCCUGCGGCCCGCGCGCUCCGUCCCGUCCAUCGCGGCGGCCGCGGGCGCCCAUUCGCGCCAGACCUCGCUCACCAGCAGCCACAUCGCGGAGGAGAGGAAGGAGGAGAAGCUCUGGAAGGGAAGCAUCGGGCUGCUGCUGGGCAAGGAGCCCCMGGAGGCGCCGGGGAACCCCGCUCCGGCCCCUGCGCCGCCCUCGGUGCCGAGCGCGCCGGCCUCGCACGCCAAGACGGGCAGCAGGGACAGCAGCACGCAGACCGACAGGAGCGCCGAGCUCUUCUGGCCCGCGGGCCCCAGCGGCGCCCCGGGCGGGCGAGCGCGCCCCGGCGCCCCCGCCGCGCACAGCCCGGCCCCGCGCCUCCCCGCCGCCCGCGACAGAGACAACUGCAGUCAUGCGAAGCCACCUGAGAACAAGGGCCGACUGAGCAGUUUGCUCCACAAGCCCGAGUUCCCUGAUGCAGACAUGAUGGAAGUCCUCAUYUGAGCAAAGGAGGGCAUCUCCGGGGGUUUGUGUGCAUACAUUCAGGUCCAAGGAGGUCAUCGGUGUGCCAACCUUAUAAACUGACUGGGUGAGUUUGAGGGAAGGAGAAGAAAGUUUGYGCCUGUAAAGAAGUUUUGAGUCUGAUGUGCUGUGACUUUGGACCAGGCGAGAAGGAAAGACAGCUGAAAAUGAAAGUCUGGAAUUUUCUGAGAAGAAAAGGGCAUUGAAAACAGAAGGCUUGGGAAGGUGUCAUCAAGAAAAAAAGGGAAACUACAUUUUCUGGUGUAAAGAGAAGGUAGCUGGGUUUUUGAGUGCACAGUAUGAUUCUGGUUACUGUCCAGCUACAACAAGACAGGGAGAGAAGUCCUGAAUCUUGUGAGGCCAGUGGAAGUCCAUGAAUAACCCAGGAGAAGUUUGCAUCUUCCUUGGAAUUGAUUCAUUUCUCAGAAGCAUUCACUGCUUGGUGUUAGUGAACAAUUGGUCUGUAGAUGUAGACAGCAGGUUCUUGUAAGUAUUUAUUUGAAGUGGCGUGGUGUGGUUUUCCUGGGACACACAGGUCAGGUGUCUGUUUCCUGGCUGGACAGAUGUUAUUCUUGGAGCUGGAUUUGCAGUGCAAAUAUUCCA